AUGCGGCAGAUCUCGUCGCUGCUGCAGGGCCUGGCCCGGUCGCUCUCGGUGGGGAGGGACAGGAAAGGGGACGGCGGCGCAGGCGACGGCGACGGCAAGACCGCCAUGCCGGCGGUGCUGCGGACGUCCGGCACCCUGUGGGGCGUGGGCUCGGACACGUUCGCCGCCGUCUGCUCGCGGCGCGGUGAGAAGGGCAUCAACCAGGAUUGCUCCAUCGUCUGGGAGGGUUUCGGGUGCCAGGAGGACACCAUCUUGUGCGGCAUCUUCGACGGGCACGGCCCGUGGGGCCACUACGUCGCCAAGGCCGUGCGCGACUCGCUGCCGCCGUCGCUGCUGUGCCACUGGCAGGAGGCGCUCGCGCUGGCGUCGCUCAUCGACGGCGAGAAGAGGCUCGGCGACUGCCAGUUUGACCUCUGGAAGCAGUCCUACGUGGCCGCGUGCGCCGCCGUCGACGACGAGCUCCGGCGCAGCCGCCGCUUCGACGCCGUCCAGAGCGGCUGCACCGCGCUGUCCAUCGUCAAGCAGGGGGACCUCAUGGUCGUCGCCAACGUCGGCGACUCCCGGGCCGUCCUGGGCACCACGUCCGACGACGGCGCCGUCGCGGCCGUCCAGCUCACCGUCGACUUCAAGCCCAACCUGCCACAGGAGAAGGAGCGCAUCCGGCGGUGCAACGGCCAAGUGUACUGCCUCGCCGACGAGCCCGGCGUGCACCGCGUCUGGCAGCCCAACCGGGAGUCGCCGGGGCUCGCCAUGUCGCGCGCGUUCGGCGACUACUGCGUCAAGGACUACGGCGUCAUCUCGGUGCCAGAGGUGACGCAGAGGAGGAUCAGCAGCAAUGACCAGUUCGUCAUCCUCGCCACCGACGGGGUGUGGGACGUGCUCUCCAACGACGAGGCCGUGCAGAUCGUGGCGGGGACGCCGGGCCGGGAGAAGGCGGCCAAGCGGCUGGUGGAGUGCGCCGUCCGCGCGUGGAGGCGCAAGCGGCGCGGGAUCGCCGUCGACGACUGCUCGGCGAUCUGCCUCUUCUUCCACCCGCCGCGGUCGUAG